UAUCCGCAGUAGAGGUCAACACACCAGAGGAGAUAUUUGUGGAGAAUGGGACAGACGCAAAGCUUCCAUGCACAUUUACGUCUGUGGAAGUGAUCAGCAGUGCAGCAUCUGUUUCCUGGAGUUUUCAACCAGAGGGAGCUGCAACUCGUAUCUCUUUUUUCUAUUACUUUAAUGGAAAGCCAUACCCUGGAAAGGACAUACCAUUUAAAGACAGGAUCACUUGGGCUGGAGAUCUUAACAAGAAAGAUGCUUCUAUCAGUAUAUCAAACAUGCAGUUCCGGGACAAUGGCACUUACAUUUGUGAUGUCAAGAACCCACCUGACAUUGUUGUCAAACCAGGAGAAAUCCGAGUUAGAGUUGUGGAGAAAG